AUGAAGGCAUCUACCACAUUCGCCACGGCUUCCGCCUUCCUACUGUCGACUGCUGUUGCUCAGUCACAGUACACGAUCGAUCCCAACUCGGUCGUGAACACCACAAGAGCAUACUGGUGCACACAGGAGCAGGCACAAUGCCCACUCAUCUGCCUCCAAACCAACAGCCAAGCCGACACAAUCGCCAAUGACUGCAACCCGACCAGCCUGACCUACUCCUGCGUCUGCAGCAACGGCAUGUCACCCAACAUCUCCGAAUACACUCAGACCCUCCCAUUCUUCAUCUGCCAAGAGUGGGGUAACCAGUGCGUCUCCAACUGCAACGGUGACAGCAUCUGCCAGAGCAACUGCCGCUCUCAGCAUCCAUGUGGUGCUCAGAACCCGGUCAGGCAGAACACGAGCACGUUGAGCAGCACCAUGAGCCAGACUGGCAGCGCGACGGGUGCGGGUGCGAGUACAACGCCUAGCAACGGUGUAUACAGUGGUUUCGGUGGUGGCAGUGCGGCUUCUAGCACUGGUGGCGGAUCGGGUGGUAGCUCUGCUACUGCUGCUGCUGCCGCUGCCACGAGCAAGGCUGGUGCUGCUAGCAUUCGUGCUGCUGCGCUCAAUGUCGGUCAGACCUUUGGUCUGCUCGGUGUCGCUGGCGUUCUUUUUGGCGGCUUCGCCAUCCUGCUCUAA